UUUCGGCUUCACUUCCAGGCGAUGGCAAAACUCAAGGAUUUUGGCCUGCUGUAUGGACUCUUGGCAAUUUGGGCCGCGCUGGUUUUGGUGCUACGACAGAUGGUGUUUGGCCAUAUAGCUACGAUGAAUGUGAUGUGGGUAUCACACCUAAUCAAUCCGAUACAUCGGGUACGUUCUCAUAUGUUCAAGGUCAACGCCUUAACAAAUGCACAUGCCCAGGCCAAGAUCAUCCAUCACCCGGAAAAGGUCGUGGUGCUCCGGAAAUUGAUGUAUUGGAAGCAACUAUUGAUGAUGAUGGUCAAAAUCAUAUAUCGCAAUCUGCACAGUUUGCUCCUUUUGAUACAGACCAUAUGAUUAAUAAGGACUUUAUUUAUAUAAAUAAUUCAAAUGUGACAACAAUCAACACUUAUGUUGGUGGAAUGUGGCAACAAGCUGCCAGUUCAUUGACGACAGUCAAUAGUGAAAUUUAUAACGAUUGUGCAUACGAAAAAUAUGCUUUUGAAUAUGAACCUGGAUCUGAUGGAUACAUAAGUUGGUUUAUUGGUGAUCAGCUUACGUGGGGAAUGAAUGCUAGUGCUGUUGGUCCGAAUAAAAUGAAUGGUAUAGGUCAAAGAAUAAUAAGCGAAGAGCCGAUGGCAUUUCGAAAGAAUAUAGUCGAGUGGAUUUCAGAAAUUUGA